UCAACGCGUUACGUAAUUGUACGCUAGCCGAGCCACGUGUCGAGCUUGCCCGAGUGAUUGUGUGCACAUGAUUCUGGCUGUUUAUGACGAUGUUCACCUUCUAUUAGCAACACGACAAUGGCUAAGAUCGUCCCGCCGCUGAAUUUUGGCCUGGUAGAAGAUGGCUUCUACCGAUCUGCUCAGCCGUCCGAGUUGAACUUUUCCUUCUUAGAAAAGCUAGAGUUGAAGACCGUCAUAUGGGUCGGCGCUGAGGAGUUGUCCGACGUCUUACAAUCGUUCCUUGACUCUCAGGGUAUCAAGCUACACAAUCUAGCUCCUCAGACAUCUCUGAAUCCUCAUUUCCCGCCUCCAUAUGCCGACGGGGACGUUGUUCCUCUCUCAGGGCAAUAUCAUCUUCCGCCUCUUCCUCCGCCUCCUGAACCAUUAAUCAUCUCCGCGCUGUCUCUCCUCCUCACUCCUUCAAGCUUCCCGACUUUGGUCUGCUGUAAUAUGGGUCGACAUAGAACUGGUACAGUGGUGGGAUGUUAUCGGAAACUCCAGCGAUGGGCUCUAUCGAGUAUCUUGGAAGAAUAUCGGCGGUUUGCAGGGAUGAAAGUCAGGGUUUUAAACGAGCAAUUCAUUGAGCUCUUUGAUACCGAUUUGGUGCCGAUGACUGCGGUCUCUAUCAAUAAGAGUCAAGCGAAGUGACAACUUGGAGGGAUCCACACUCGCUCAUCACCUCGGCCCUGAUAGUUUUUGAGGCAGCCAGAGCGCAAGAUCGACCGCUCGAUAUUACUCAAUCGCGCAUGAACAUCUUGACCGGCCCUGCAUGACAAAUCACUGCGGGCGGCGGUUCGACGACACAUCGCGCAAUUGGCGCCUCAAGACAGGCCUUCUACUCGGGACAGCCAAGAUGGCGCACGGGAUUUGGGUUGCGUCAGUCUGCAUGCCUAGCUUCAAUGUGGUUACUCUAUGCUAGAUUAUGCAAUCACUCCAACACGACACUGUUACAAUAUUACCCCAGAACCCUCCUGACCUCCUC